AUGUUUUCAGCUACUCAUCGAUUUUACAUUGCCUAUGAGAAUAGCUUAUGUAACGGCUAUAUCACUGAAAAAUUCUAUCAAAGGAUCUCACAACUUCUCAUUCCGGUUGUGAUGAAGAGGCGAAUUUACGAAGGCACUGAUAUUCCUCCAAAAUCUUUUAUUGCUCUGGACGACUUCAAGAGUACCAAGGAAUUGGGUGAUUAUUUGAACUUCUUGCGCACGAACGAUACUGCAUACCUAAGAGUACGUUCUGAACACGGAACUUUUGUGCACAGGCGCUUUCAAGCAGUUUCAUUCUGUGUAAAUCUAGUAAAUUUCGGAGAUAUCAGGUACUUUGAAUGGGCCAAAGAUUACCGACUGCCGCCGACGUAUACAAGUACAGCACUAUGUGAACUUUGUACGGACAUCUAUCACAAAGAGAGUUUAAUCAUAGACGACAUUGCUCAGUACUACACUCAUAACCAGUGCUCCUACAAUGAAUAA